GCAGUGCGGUGCUGUGACUGGGUGCGAUAGCAGUGCUGUUUGUUGCGAGACACUGAUCACCAUGCCCGAGCCGGCCAAGUCUGCUCCCGCGCCCAAGAAGGGCUCCAAGAAAGCCGUCACCAAGACGCAGAAGAAGGGCGACAAGAAGCGCAAGAAGAGCCGCAAGGAGAGCUACUCGAUCUACGUGUACAAGGUGCUGAAGCAGGUGCACCCCGACACGGGCAUCUCGUCCAAGGCCAUGGGCAUCAUGAACUCCUUCGUCAACGACAUCUUCGAGCGCAUCGCCGGCGAGGCGUCGCGCCUGGCGCACUACAACAAGCGCUCGACCAUCACCUCGCGGGAGAUCCAGACGGCCGUGCGGCUGCUGCUGCCCGGCGAGCUGGCCAAGCACGCCGUCUCCGAGGGCACCAAGGCGGUCACCAAGUACACCAGCUCCAAGUAGAGCGCUGCGGAUCCUGUUUUUAACCCAAAGGCUCUUUUCAGAGCCAC